AUGGAUGAAGUCCGAGAUAAAAUGAAGGGUUUCAUGAACAAAAUCACCAAUCCGUUCUCGAAUUCACCGUCGGCCAAAUUCAAGGGCCAAGGCAGAGUGUUGGGAUCCUCGCCGUCUUCUUCAGCCACUCAGUACCACCACCCAUUAUCAUCGCCGUCGUCCUUGCUUAAUCACAAACCUUCGCCCGCCAAGCCUCCGGCGCCAAAGGUUAGCGAUAAUAUCGCUCCUCAGCAGAAAUCGCUCUGGAACCCCGAGAAGCCAGCAAACUCGGAAAAACGCGACAUGUCUGAAAUAGGGUUCGAUCCCUUCAGUUCACUGAUUACUUCCAGUAGGAGGAACCCUAAUGGGUAUUCUCUGCAAGUGUUUGAGUGUCCGGUCUGUGGUAAGGCGUACACAUCUGAGAAGCAAAUUUCUAUCCAUAUUGACUCUUGUUUGAAUGCAGCGGACUCUGGAAACGAGUUUGGCACUAAAGAAUCGGCUGAGAUUAUGAAUCAAAUGGAGACCAGUGUCGGUUCUUAUGUAUCAGGGAAGCCGACUGAUGGUUCGAAGGAGAUUGUGUUGAUACUUUUGAAGAAUAUGGUGAAUGACCCUGCAAAUGCGAAGUUCAGGAAGAUAAGAAUUGGGAAUCCAAAGAUAAAGGAGGCAGUUGGGGAUGUUCCUGGGGGAUAG